AUGCCGUAUCUUGUCAUAAUGGAAUUCUGUGCUUUUGGUGAUGUUAAAGGGUUUCUGCUGCGACGUAGAUCGGAAGCUACCACGCUGUCUCAGAGUGGGGUCUUGAUAGGCAUGGCAUGUGGGAUUGCUAAUGGUUUGGAAUACAUGCAUAGAGCCAAUAUGGUACACAAUGAUUUAUCUGCCAGGAAUUGUGUAGUUUCUGUAGAUAUGACGGUCAAAAUUGGAGAUUAUGGCAUAUCACAACACAGAUAUAAGAAUGAUUAUUAUAACUCUUGUCACGAUAUAAAACUACCGAUACGGUGGAUGGCUCCAGAGACUUUAGACUGUCAGGGUGUAUGGGUUGUACCUAAGGAAUCCUCUAUGUCAAAACCUGCUAAUGUCUGGUCAUUUGGUGUAAUAUUAUGGGAGUUAUUAGAAUUUGGACGGCAGCCAUAUGAUGCUCUAGAUGAUAGUGCAGUCCUGAAGAAAGUGAUUGUGGAGCAAAAUGUUAAAUUAAGGCAACCUGUAUUGGAUGUAGCCUUUGCAGACAGAUGGUUUGAAAUCAUGCUAUUUUGUUGGCUGUUUCCUGAGCAACGACCCAUCAUGGCCGAGAUAUGCGCCCUUUUAAAACAUUUGAAGCUGCAGUCCAGUGUUAUAAAAGAAAGCAUGGCGGCUGAGAAUGAAGGAAGUUUGUUUGAUGAUAAGUGGAAUGCGAUCCGUCCUAAGCAAACACCAAGUAUUGUAGACAGUGAAAAGUUUGAACCUGAUUUCACACCUAAGUCUAAUAACAUAUCAAAAAUUGAUAGCGGGUUUUCUAGAAUUGACACUUCUGGUUUUGCUGAGAAUGCAUCGUUUGCCGAUGACCUUAGUAAAAAUACGCUAUCAUCGCAGCAUAAUACUAUUGGUAGCAACAAUAUUUCACCAGGCUUUGCUUCGAUGACAAACAAUCAGAGUGUAACACCAAGAAGUGCUCCUGCUGCAACCCCACCCACUACACCAAACACAAACUUAGGCCAAAACAGUUUCAGUAUUUUUGAAGAAACAAUACCAAUGGCAGAAAUAAAACAUGCCAAUCCAAAUACCAAUCACAUUAAGAUCACGGCUCAAGUUCACAUGAACAACGACUCGAUUGUAUCAGAUCAACAAAACAACACAGUUGGGGAAAAUGCCAACACGAAUAUGGUGGAGACCAAAACAACAACUAUUGUGCAAAGAGAUGUGCCCGAAAGCCCUAAACAAAACACUGUUAUCAUGACACGGAUGCCUUCAGAAUUGAACGGUUCUGAUGACAACGAAGUAGUGGUUGUAGAUUCAGCGAACCUCACCCAUAUACAACCUAGUGUGGUAACUGAAGUAAUCCUAACAGACGAAGAUACAUCGGUUUCGAUAUCCUCUGAAGGUAAAUCUCUACCGUCCGAUUUAACAACUAUAAACAUAGACACGGGUGAUGAUGAUAAUGUCACAUGUGCUAUAGUUGGAUACCAAAAUGACGAUGUAUCACAACCUGUGAGUCGAAGAAACAUUAAGAAGCGUAACCGUACUUUUCAAAUUAUUGAAGUAAAUAACGACACUGAGAUUCAUAGUACUGAUAAUGUUCCUAUAAUUGCUACAACAGAAGGAAGCGACGGUGAAGAUAUGGUUAUGGCGCAGGAGGAGGAAGUCACGGAUCAGGCCGGAGAUUAUAAGAAGACCGUGACCUUUGACCACGAAAGCAACUUUAGUGAAUCAGCUGGAGAUGCAUUGAUCAAUAAUUCACUUAGUCAGAAAAAUGAAAAUGCUACGAACGCGGAUACCAGAGAUGAAGAAGAUGUCGAAUUUGACUUAGGACUUGGUUAA